AUGGCUACCCCAACCUCGGAACCCUCCACAAAGGAGAUCAUCAUCGGUCAAGUUAUCGAUGCCCUCGGCGAACAUGCCCUCGACACUGUCUCCCCCUCAGACAAGAUCCCCUCCCUACCCAGAGACGACUCCUCCCCCGACGAUGACUUCUUCCCCCACUGCAUAACCCAGCAGCCCAUCCCCAGACCUUUCCGCGGGCCCGGUGCACCCCACAACAUCAUGGUCGGUCUCGAAAAGGAGUGCCCGCGAUGGGCACCCGGGUCAGUCAUCAGAUGGGUCGUCCUAACCUCCGGCUUCAAAACCCCCUCCGACGCCUCCUACGCAGCAACCCACCUAAACCUCGCCUGCCAAAAGUGGAACGACCUCUCCAUUGGCGUAACCUUCGAAUGGGUCACCGACCCCAAAGACGCCACCUUCGCCCUCUGCCACGGCGGCGACAGCGGCGGCACCCUCGCCUCAGCCUUCUUCCCCAACGCCAACGACCUCAACAUGAUGCUCGUCUACAACCCCGUCUUUUCGAUGCCCCGGUGGAAGGCAAACCUAUGGAAGGUCUUCACCCACGAGCUAGGACACGUUUUAGGGUUAAGGCAUGAGUUCGCGGUGGACGUGAACCCCGAGACGGGGACCGUGUUUGAGGCGGCGGCGUCGGUGCAGUUGGGGCCGAGGAACGAAAAGUCGGUUAUGAAUUACUCGAGGGCCCCGCCAGAAAUUCAGGUUAGUGAUGUUGAGUCGACAAAGGCUUUUUAUGCGUUGAGGGAAGGGGAAGGGGGGGUGCCGGCGAUGGUUGGGUUGACGGAGGUGGUGGAUUAUGUGCCCAUGUAG